AUUUGCAAAUCAUGAUACAUCCGCCUUCCCCAAAGUAAGGACCGAACGUUGCCAUGUCAGCUGAGGAAAAGAAACGCCCGCGGAAAGCAUCGCUUCAACCCACAGCGUCACCGCCUCCCAAGAAGCAGAAGCCUACCAUACCAAUAACCCGCGGCAAAUUCAAAAACAGGUUUCUGCGAAAGCAUUCAAGCUUGUUACAUAACUGCAAGUCAGAGGGCCUUGAACGCCCUAGGGGCUUGAUUAUUACUUGUCCAGUAGGAUCUGAAACGCGAGCCUUGGGCCAAAUCCGCACAUUCCUGGAUAGAUAUCUUCCUAUCCUUUUCCCAGAGCACAAGACAGUUUGGACAUCACGCCCGCAUGAAUUGGACAUUGAUCUCAAGAUCGUGGGUGCAUCUGAUUCCGAAUUGGGUGGUGCACCACAGGAUACUGGUGGAGAUGGCGAUGACAGUGCGGAUGAGAUGAAUGAGACGAGGGAGGAAAGUGCAGACUCAAAGAAUGAUCGGAAAUUUCAGGCCGUUGAUGCCGCAUGCGGUGGCGUACUGUUCAUCAGGUUUCGAGUAGAUACAGAUCCUGUGGACUUUGUCGUUAAAUUAUUCGAAUACAUGAACACACUUUCACUAUCGGAGCAAAAUUCUCUCAAAAAAAGUAUUAGUCACUGCUCACGCAUCCUGCCAAUCACCCACACAAUGCCAUCCACACUACCAGACAUCCAAUCUCACUUGGAGCCAGUUAUCCCGCGCAUGCUCACUCCACAUCUUGAUACAUUAACCACUCAGCCACCAACUUUAGCCUGCAUUACUGAAGUUCGCAACAGAGAGGGGUUAAAGAAGGAGAGUGUUAGGGAUGCUGUCUUAAAAUGUGUGCCGGGAUUGGGUUCAGUGCAAACAUCCGAUAGUUCACCUCAGGUAGAUGCCAAACUCGUAUGUUGGUCGGUCAAUUUAAAGGAACCCACUGUCGUCCUAUUUACGACUGUAUUCAAAAGUGUCUGUGGGUUUUCUGUCUUACCCAGAUAUUACGAGUACAAGAAAUACAAUGUGCAAAUGAUUGGGGUCCCAUAGUACUCCAUGUGACAGA